AGUAUAUGUUUCACUAUCGUCGCAGAAGAACAGUAUUAGUUCGAUCGAGGAUUCGUCUAUACAAACGUGUUCUUUAGAUGCAGUUUAAUAAAGGCUAUAAGGAGCUACUUGGCGUACAACUUAAUUGCUUCACUAAGAUCCAGGAUCCUUCGGUGCCUAUCAAUUUGUAACGAUUUAUUGAAUUACGAAUUGAGAAAAGUUUUGGAAAAGAUAUAUCCAGAAAUACCAUUCAAAGACACUAAAUAAAUCCAAAUUGAAGAAAUGACAGCAAGUGAAUCAAUCAUGUGUAAUCGAUCAAUCUAAACGUGAGUCCAAGUGGUCAGCAAAAUUUAAAUGUGGAAUUAAAGGGUUAGAGAUCCAACAUGUUCCGCUGCGUGAAAGCAUACUCAUGGCGAUUAAAUUGGCAGGGCACCUUCGAAAUCUUCGGUACUUCUCUCGUACCCCCAUAACCAUAAUCCAGUAGAUGAUUAACGCCUUUUUUCAUCCUCGAACUACGUGACCCUGACUACCGAUCGUAUUUCUUCGAGUGAGGUCGUGAUUCAUUCAUAAUUAAACGAUUAACCGACGCGAGGCUAUCACCGCAACUAUCCCGACCUAUCGGCACUCGAUGUUCAUUUUCACGUGAUCAACUAUCAGAUCGAGAAAGCUUAAAGUGCAUUCUGGUGGCGGGUGGACGAAUAUUUCGAAGGAGCCUUCGCAAAAGUAUCGGGUCUCAUUCUAAGAUGGUUUACUUGAGGUUUACAAAAUACUCCUCUCGACAGUGGCGCGUGCAAAUUAAGUAAUCAUUCGAAUAAUCGCCUCGUCAUUAUUCCCGAUAAAGGAAGCAAAAAAUGUUAUCCGAUAUGGCGAAACUCCAAACCCUAUCCGCCAAAAGUCUUCCGAUCUGGCCUUGUGUAUUUUGAAAGGGACUCGAAGAGGCCGACAUGGAUGAUAACAAGCUGCAAGUAGACGAUGACAGCCAGGUAUACUUAACACCGUUCGAAAAAUCGGUUUUGCAUCCCGCGCAUGUGAGAAUAUUUCUCAUACAUAACCACAGCCGAAGGCCCAGUAGCUGGGGCGCCUUUCUUCAUCCCGACGACAAUAGCCCGGUCGAGUAUCAGUUCAACGACGAAAAAUCAAGCGGUUCAGGAAAUACCUCUCGCGCGUCUUCGGCGAAAUCAACAUCGACCAAAUCAAAAUCGUUGGACUAUAAUUGUUCCAUCUCGAAUAGGGAAAUCAUUUACGAGCUCGAUAAAAACGGUCUGCCAUGCGGAGAGACGCCGGCAAGUGUCAAGAGAAAAUUAUCGAGAGCCAGCGUGGUUCAUCCGUCUGGAACGACUCUGAUUGCGCAGGAUGCUUUCGGUCCUAAACUCACGGCACCUGCUACUCCGGAAAUCAACCCCUCGUUACCGGAUACACCAGUUUCGCCGGAUUUCGCCGAGACCAUCGGGAAUUCAUUGCCGACGAAAGAAACGGACGCGGGAAUCGAUUCCGAAACACUUUAUUUUCGCGACGGUCAUCGAAGAAUCGAUAUGGUAUUGGUCUACCAGGAAGAAAAUGAAGGAGUCAUGACCGAAAUAGAAGCUCGUCGUCGAGAACACAGGCGAGUAUUUCAACAGAAUCUUUUGAAGGAAGGUUUGCAACUGGAGCUGGAGCCAAAGGAGAAUUCAUUCGAUGGGAAAACAUAUUUUCUAAAAUUGCAUAUACCUUGGAAAAUAAAGGUGCAAUAUGCGGAAGUAAUGAGCUUGAAACUACCCACAAAAAGAUUUAAAACCAUUCCUGUGAAGACUUGGGAUACAGACGGUGCCAAAGAAACAUCGAAAUUUAUGGAGAGAUGGAGGCGAUGGGUUCAGUGGGCACGUAAAAUACAUACUUGGGACACCACAAAGUAUCCCGAAGAACCGAACUUUUACGAUUAUAUAGAUUCCGGCGAUCUCGAGGAAAGGUUUAUCGUAAAGGAGAGAGACAAUGCUUAUACACCUGCUCAAAGAUCAUUGAUAGUUAUGCAAAUAUUGUUGCGAACGAGAUAUGACGAGAACCACGAGAAAUCUGGUAUUCGUAGGCUUCUAGCGGAUGGAACGUAUCUCGAUUGCUUCUCAUUGCACGAGGGCCCUUACAAUAAACCUACGUGCAAUGGAGAAAUUCUCGAUAGAUAUCUGUUGUAUUUAAUAUGGGCAAGACCCUCGCAAUGGUAUAAGAAACAGCCGUUAUGGUUGAUAAGGCGAUAUUUCGGCGAGAAAGUUGCUCUUUACUUCGCGUGGUUAGGAUUUUACACGAAAUGCUUAUAUCCGCCGGCAGUGGUGGGACUUUUGUGUUUCUUUUAUGGCCUUGGGAGCAUGGAGGGCGAAGACAAUGUACCCAGCAAAGAAAUUUGCGACUCUAAUUUAGCUGGAAAUAUCACUCUAUGUCCUCUUUGUGAUAAAGCGUGUACCUAUCAGAAGCUUGGCGAUUCCUGUAUAUUUUCGAAGCUGACUUAUUUAUUCGAUAAUCCUGCCACUGUCUUCUUCGCCAUUUUUAUGUCCUUUUGGGCUACUACGUUUCUCGAGCUUUGGAAACGACGACAAGCUGUGAUUGUUUGGGAAUGGGAUCUUCAGAAUGCGGAUUACGACGAAGAGCCCAGACCCGAAUUUGAGGCGUCCGUUAAAACGUUCCGAAUAAAUCCCGUGACGAAGGAAAGAGAACCAUAUUUACCUGCUUGGUCUAAAGCCGUACGAUUUUUGGCCACAGGCUCGAUAGUAUUCUUCAUGAUAUGCGUAGUUCUUGGAGCGGUCUUAGGGACAAUCGUAUACCGCAUCUCGCUGGUCGCCGUCUUUUACGGCGGGGGUGGCUCUUUCCUAAAGAGACACGCAAAAAUAUUCACCUCCAUGACUGCCGCGCUUAUUAAUCUGGUUAUAAUAAUGAUACUCACGCGAAUAUAUCAUCGAUUGGCACGGUGGAUGGUCAAUAUGGAGAAUCCGAGAACGCAGACGGAAUACGAGGCCAGCUAUACGUUCAAAAUCUUUCUAUUCGAAUUCGUCAAUUUUUAUUCCUCUCUGAUUUACAUCGCUUUUUUCAAAGGAAGAUUUUUCGUUCAUCCUGGCGACGCGGACGCGAGAGCCUCGGAAUUUUAUCGCAUCAAGACAGACGUAUGCGAUCCCGCUGGUUGCCUCUCGGAGGUCUGUAUCCAACUUGCGAUUAUAAUGGUCGGCAAGCAAUGCUUCAAUAAUUUUGUCGAGAUCCUGUCACCGAAAUUAUGGAACUGGUGGCGCAAAAGGACACAAGUGGCGGCGACGAAGAAUCACGACAGAAGAUACACUUGUUGGGAGAAGGAUUAUCAGCUUCAAGAUCCGGGGAGAUUAGCCUUGUUCGAGGAAUAUUUAGAAAUGAUUUUGCAAUAUGGAUUUGUAACGUUAUUCGUGGCAGCAUUUCCGUUGGCACCACUAUUCGCUUUAUUAAAUAAUAUCGCCGAGAUAAGACUGGAUGCAUACAAAAUGGUAAAGGAGGCUCGACGACCGUUGGCCGAACGAGUAGAGGAUAUCGGCGCCUGGUUCGGCAUUCUCAGAGGUGUUACUUAUGUAGCAGUCGUAUCGAAUGCCUUUGUAAUCGCGUAUACCUCCGAUUUUAUUCCACGAAGUGUAUACGCGUUCGUUUACUCGCCUACUGAAGAUCUAGUGGGUUACAUAGAUAGUUCUCUAUCUGAAUUCAAUACUUCCGAUUAUCGCGAGGAUAUGAAAAGCGACGUGGAGGACGAACAUCCGGAGACAUGUCAAUACAGAGGUUACAGAAACGGUCCGGAAGAUCCCAACGAACCUUACGGUCUCAGUCCGCAAUAUUGGCACGUCUUCGCCGCACGCUUGGCCUUCGUCGUUGUCUUCGAGCACGUUGUUUUCGCACUCACUGGUAUUAUGAGCUACGUUAUUCCGGCUGUACCGCAUUCUUUGUCGACUCAGUUACGACGCGAACGGUUGAUCGCGCAAGAAGAAAAAUACGAGAAAGAGAUCAAGGGAAAGGAGGACGAGGAUGAUUUGAUUUCGGUUUUGAGAGAAGCCGGUAGCAUCGGUAGAGGAAGCUGGGCCAGACGAUUCAGCAAACUGAGCGACGUUUUAGAUGUUCACGGUGAUGUUAGGCAUAGCAAGCGCAGCGAUAGCUCUACGGUAUGGGAAGUCCCUUAGUAAUAAUCAGAAAAAGAGGAAAGGAGCGUUGACAGUAUAUAAUAUCCAUUUUCAUAAUGCUCGACUAUGUGUGAAAAUAAUAAGGAAAAAGAUAAAGCCAAAUGUGCUAUAUUCCUCUCAUUCCCAAAUAGUUUAUAAUUCAAAUUCCAUAUAAUAAACUGACAUGUUUCCGACGUUCUAUUCUUUAGUUAUUACGGCGGGCAUUUCUUCACACGUAAGAAUAAGAUUAUCAGAAAAUAUUUUACACAAUAUAUUUUUUUAUUUUAGAAAAAAUUAUCGUAUACUAUUUUAGAAAUCGUUACAAUUGUUAUUACAUAGAGAAUAUAUUUAUAAUGUUAUAUGAAUAAAUAUGUAUGCAUGUAAUAUAUAUGUAUAUAUAUUGAAAAAAUGGAGGAAUACGAAAAUGGAGCACGCUGCAAAAAGCAGGCCGCCAAAAGAAACGUGUUCUCCGAAAAUUAUUAAAAAAAUGUGAAGAAAAAUUGAUUAAUUGAUCGCUUCUCGUGCCGAAUUGCAAUAAUAGUGAUCAUAUUCUGUAAAUUUUUAUCACCGAUUCUAUAAAUUUUUAUAUCAAUCGAAUAAAAAGUGAAAAAUUCUUAUAUUUAAGGCGCAAUUUUUAUGACAAAUAAGUAAAUUCGUAUGUCAGUUAUUAAGACGGAGAUGGUUUAUAAACGAACGGAGUAAGUCUAUGAAAUAUCAAAAUGAAACUUGCCAUCGAGAUUAGAGAUUCUAUAUUUAUAGACAGUUCAUCUGGCUUUUCUACAAAAAGAUGCCGGGUAUUGCAUUAAUUUUAAGAUUUCGUGUGAGAGAUAAAUUUGCUUGAUGACACGAUCUCACUAUGUUUAAGCAUGCAUAGAUGGUACAAUUCAUUAAUAUUAAUAGCGUUGCAUACUUUAAAUUUAAUGAUGUAAAUAUCUAAUGAUAAUAGAAGAUCAAUAAGAGAUUCGCUGUUACUGAGUUGGCGUAUUAAUUAUCUGCGCAAGAAGGAUGAAUGAUAUGAUAUUACGAAUAUAUCGACGAAUAUCCACAUUA